AUUCCUCUCUGGAAUCCAUUUGCUCUCAGAAGUGAAGAAGGAUGUAAUACGAGAACUUGGUUUUGGUGGGCUAUUGCAAUUAGGUUGUAAGGAGGUUAAUUUAGAUUUAUGUUUUUGGUUGAUAAAAAACACAAACAUUGCUUAUUCCCAACUCGAGUUAUUUGGGGGUAAGAAGGUUUCUUUGACAUGUCAUGAUGUUGGGAUGACGAUGGGCAUUCCACAUAGUGGAAGAAAGUUAAUUGUUGAGAAGGGAAGUGUUAAAGCUAGUCAAAUGCCGAGUUUGCAAGAUAUAGAGUCAAUGAUGGUUGGCAUCGAUGAUAUGGAGGAAUUUAAGCGGGUCUUCUUGAUUUUCGCUUGUGCAACCUUAUUGGCACCCACUUCUCGUUUGGAAGGUAGUCACUCGUUAUGGUAUACACCCCGAGAGCAGUUACUUGGGAACAUAAAUUGGGGAGAAUGUCUUAGAAUUUUUGAUUCAAGCUAUACAUGAACAUAGGAGGAAGGAAAGUGUUUGGAUUAAAGGGUGUUUGAUGUUUCUACAGAUAUUCUACUUUUCAAUAUCUAAUUUUCCAGCCAUGUAUGUGGAACUUACCACUCCUCGCAUUGCUGCAUGGAAUGAUUUUUUGGUCAAGCAACGCAUCAAGUUGGAGUUAGAAAUGCUUGGAGGAUUUGGCAAAGUUGAGUUGGUUAGCACAUCGGCGGAGCAAGAUGAAACAGAAAAAAAUAAGGCUCCUACAGUUGAUGACCCAGUUGACCCAGAUGAGAAUGAAGACUUUGAUGUUAUUUGUGCUCGCAUGGAGGCAACACAACGUCAAAUCACCGAUGCACAAAGUCAUCUUAAUAGUCUUAUUGCAUCAUACAACCGUGACGUGAAAGUGUUGAGGACUCGUUUCACCUCUUCACAUUAUCGCACAGAUGAAGGCCAACCGUCAAAUUUUCAUGAACAUGUUAAUGAAAGUGGUGCACCAUUUUAUAAAAAUAAUCCACAACAUUCACCUGUUCAUUCUGGUGGUCAAAGAAGAUCUUUUGAAGAUGACGUUGGAUGUACAAAUGAAGGGGUGUCAGAAAGACCCAACAUAGAAGAUGGUGUGUUCUUUUCAAACGAGGAUCCCCUUCACCCUGGGCCACACAAUAUGUUGGUGUUAGUGCAAUCGUGCAUGAACAACAAUGUGGAUGUAGCACCACAAGCCUCAGAAGAAAUACGACCACAAAGAGUAAAAAUGAAAGUACGUCGUCAUAGGCAACGAGCAGCUGCGUGUAAGUCACCUUUUGUACAAUUAUGUGUAUCAAAAUAUAAAAGGUUGACGGAGGAAGAGACACAUGUUGCCGACUAUGUAUUUGAUGAGUCAAAAGAUCCAAGGUUAGUCCCAAAUCACACGUUUAACAAGUAUUGUUCUUAA